UUCUCUUAAAAAAUAAAUCAGUUCUCUUGUGUAGUUUUUCUUUUCGCCGUUUAAGUCUUUACAAAAGUAAAUGAAUAUUUAACAGGGAACGCAUAUAUUUGGUGAUGUUGGUUGGGGUGCAUCAAACAUGAUUGUUAUAUUCUAACUUUUCAGCUUCAUUUUUGUCCACGAAAACCUAAACGUACACGACUACAGUGGCGAUUGAGUAAAGAAUUGACCAUUAAAACCGAAUUUAUAAAAAUUAUAAGGUAAGAAAAAGUAGUUGCCCAACAACUACAUAUCCUUAUUCCUUAACUCUCUUAUGAACUCAACAACUCAUAUAACAAAUUAAAAAUAAAAAAAAUCAAAUUGUAGCAAAAAUACAUUGUAAGACAAAAUAUUUCAACUAGUAAAGAAUUCUUCAACAUGUCCUCACAAGCAGUGCAGUUGCAUAUCAAGGAUAAUCAUGUGGUUAUGGACAAUGGUGUAGUACAAGUGUAUUUAUCUAAUCCGGGUGGAUUUGUGACUAGAAUACAAUAUAAUGGCAUUGAUAAUCUGCUUGAAGCUCUUAACGAAAAGAAUAAUAGAGGGUAUUGGGAUGUCGUUUGGAGUGAAGCAGGAAGUACCGGAACAACUGGGACAUUUGAGCGGAUCGUAGGAACAAGUUUUAAUGUUAUAGUGGAAACAGAAGAACAAGUGGAAGUAUCAUUUACAAGAAUAUGGGAUUCAUCUCUAAAGGGAAAGCAAUCACCUCUAAAUAUAGACAAAAGGUAUGUGAUGCUUUGUAAUUCCUCAGGCUUCUACUCAUAUGCUAUCUUUGAACACCUAAAGGAGUGGCCUGCUUUCAACAUACCUCAAAUUAGGAUUGUUUAUAAACUUCGAAAAGACAAGUUUCAUUACAUGGCAGUAGGGGAUAAUAGACAAAGGCUAAUGCCUCUCCCUGAUGAUCGAUUACCUGGAAGAGGAGAAGAACUUGUUCCCCCAGAAGCUGUUUUGCUUGUAAAUCCUGUGGAGCCUCAGUUCAAAGGAGAGGUGGAUGACAAAUAUCAAUACUCAUGUGAGAACAAAGAUCUUAAGGUUCAUGGAUGGAUAAGUCAAGAAUCUGAAACCAAUCCAGCCAUGGGGUUUUGGGUAAUCAUACCCAGCAAUGAGUUUCGAUCAGGUGGCCUUGUUAAACAGAAUCUUACCUCUCAUGUGGGCCCCAUCAGCCUUGCAAUGUUUCUUAGUGCUCAUUACGCAGGAGAGGAUAUAGUUCUUAAACUCCAGCCCAAUGAGCCAUGGAAAAAAGUUUUUGGGCCAACUUUUGUUUAUCUUAAUACCUUGUUGGAUCAUGAAGACCCACUAGACCUUUGGGAGGAUGCCAAAUAUAAGAUGUACGAGGAAGUUCAAAGUUGGCCCUAUGAUUUUCCAGCUUCACAUGAUUUUCAAAAGUCUAGCCAACGGGGUAGCGUUUGUGGUACAUUACUAGUUCGUGACAGGUAUAUAAGUGACGAGUACAUAAUAGCACAAGAUGCAUACAUAGGAUUGGCACCACCAGGAGAUGCUGGAUCUUGGCAAAUAGAAUGCAAGGGAUACCAAUUUUGGACUAGAGCAAAUGAGGAAGGCUACUUUUCAAUCAAGAAUAUACAAAGUGGGGAUUACAAUCUAUAUGCAUGGGUUCCUGGUUUCAUUGGAGAAUAUUGGAACAAUGUUGUCCUCAAAAUAACCUCAGGUUGUGAAAUAAAUGUUGGUGACAUAAUUUAUGAGCCCCCAAGAGAUGGUCCAACAUUAUGGGAGAUUGGUAUUCCUGAUCGUUCAGCUGCUGAAUUUUAUGUUCCUGAUCCUAAUCCAAAAUACAUAAACAAGCUAUAUAUAGAUCAUCCAGACAAGUUUAGACAGUAUGGUUUGUGGGAAAGAUAUGCAGAGCUAUAUCCAAAUGAAGAUUUGAUUUACACUAUUGGUGUUAGUGAGUAUAGAAAAGAUUGGUUCUAUGCACAAGUCACCAGGAAGAAAAAUGAUGGCAGUUACCAAGGAACUACAUGGCAAAUUAAGUUCAACUUGCAUGAUGUGGAUGCAAGUGGAAUUUAUAAAUUACGAUUGGCUCUUGCAAAUGCAAAUGUCUCUGAGUUACAGGUAAGAGUGAAUGAUCUAAAACAAUUAGAUCCUCCACUAUUUACUACUGGGGUGAUUGGGAAGGACAAUGCAAUUGCUAGACAUGGAAUUCAUGGACUCUAUUGGCUAUUCAACAUUGAUGUGCCAAGUCUUCUUCUAUCCAAAGGUGAUAAUACUAUAUUUCUAACACAAAAUAUGGCUAUUGGCCCUUUGGCCCUCUUCCAAGGAAUAAUGUAUGAUUAUAUUCGUUUAGAAGGCCCUGGCCCUUUUUCUUCCCAUUAAUUAAACAAAAUUGAAGGCUUGAUUAUAUUUAGUGUGGCAAAUGGGUGAUUUCGUCUUUUUAAGUUUAUAUUUUUAUUAUUGUUCAAAAGAAAGUUAUAUUUUUAUUGUAAGGUAUCA